GCACCACCGCUGUCUAAUGUUGCCAUGGAAACGCGAGGUCGCCAUGACUCGAGUCACGGUAAAGACAGUUUGCUAACGCUGGUCCGUCAUUGUCUUCACGAUGACAGCAGCCGAAAACAACGUGUCGGUGAACGUAACUGUUGGCCGAGGACAUAAACUGCAGGCAAGAAAGGCGGACGCCUUCCAUAGUUUUGUCCAAGUUGAAGUUGAUGGAACGCUGGUUGGAGAGUCAGACAAGAAGCCUUUCAACUCUGUGGACCAGUGUGUGGACUUCGACUUCUCCUGCGUCAUCCCAUGUCCCAGACGUAUUGAGGCUCUUAGUGCCUUUGCCCACAAACCACUCAUACUGACAGUGAAAGAGUUCCUGCCUGAGAAGAGGAGAGCUGAGGUGAAGGCGCCUGUGCUGGGCCAGGCUGUGCUGGACCUGCUGCCUCUGCUGAGAGGACAGUGCAGCUUUUCUUCCACCGUCCCUUUGAAAGCAGCACUCCCUGACUCCCUGAACAAAGACCCUUUCCUGCCGACCCUGGACGUGAGUGUCCGUGUGUCAGAGCCGGUGCUGUCUGAGGCGGAGCUCUCGGCCUCCAAUCUGCUGAGGGUGACAGUGGAGACGGCCUACUCCAUCCCUGACUCAUGGAUGCAGGUGUCUGGUCCUCCUUGCACCUACACUGCUGCCCUGGAGGUUCCACUCACUGCAGAGAAAGAUCAGAUGCUGGUGUUCAGUGACGGGCAGCUGAAACCAGGGGGUGAUAGGGAGGCGCCUGGCAGACAAAAGAAGAGGCCACAUCAGGCCCUGCUGUUCCCAGAGAACCACUAUCUGCCUGGAGCGUUUGUUGAUGCCGCGCCUGUGGACCAGGAGGACGGCGAGCUCACUGGCUCAGAGGACCAAGUGUUUCGUGAAGAGGCUGAGGCCAGUAGGAGUCGGGUGAGCUGGGACACAGAGAUGUGCUGCUUCCUGGACGCAGGAGGAAAUUCCAGGCUGCGCCAGAGGAUCGCUGAGUGCAGACUGUGGCCAGUGGAGAUUAUGAGGGCGGCUUCUGAGGACAAGCAGAUCACGGAGGACAGCUCACAGCUCCCCCUCCCCUUCCAUGGCCUGGCCUUUGUGGACAUGGGACCACUGCUGUGUCCUCAAGUCAACCGCAUACGAGGAGCGUACGUUGUUCAUCCGUUCUCUGAGGCGGAGCUGAAGAACAAGACCAAGCAGAGCAUCAGUGUGUUGAAGGAGUAUGUUCAAGCUACAGCCAACCAGGCCAAAGCCCGUCCCAGCUCAGAAGCGUCGUCCUACAAGGGAAAACCAGGGAGGACCUUGGAUCGAAGUGGCAAGGUCUCAAAAGAGCCAUCAAAAAAGCUUGGCAAUCAGACCUGGACGGCUACAGCUGAUGGAGCGGCUGAAACCUCCACUGAAGCUCCACUGAAUGUGGCUACGGAGGAAAAGAACUCAUGUGUACAGUUACAGACGUAUGUGGAGGCCAGAACCUAUGUCAUCCUUGAGAUAACGCUGGAGAAGCCGCUUGUCCCCAAACCGUCUGCAGCCGAGCUGGCCACAAGGCUGAGGUCAUUGAUCCCACCCAGACCUCCACUCCCAGCGGGUCCUAGCCGGGCAGAAAGAGCAACGCUGAACUUUCACAGGCAGGUAGAAAAUGUGGUGUCCCAAGUGUCCGAGCAGUACGUGGAGUUGCUCAGAGAAGGGUUCAAGCCUGCAGACUGUAGCACAGGGGAAACGGUGGCUCAGCUGAUGGGAUCGCUCAAUGUCUCUGGACGCUACUUUGCCUUCAAGGAACAAAUGAAGCAUGCAGUGGUGAGGAUUGUCCGUGACAGGAUGCAGCAGACGGAGUCAUUCACAGACUCUGAUGACCUAAAGGCUUUCACCAGCAAGCUGUAUGUCGACCUGGUGGAUGAGAUGCACGUGGCUCUGAACAAGAUUUACUCCGAUGACAGUGAUGGUGACGCUCCUCAAGCGGUUCAGCCGACCUGUUCUCAGCUCAGACAUUUUGCCAGGGAAGCUCAGCUCACUGGAGACUAUCAGCAGGCUGCUCACUACUACCAACAGCUCGUGGUGAAUCAGCCUCUUGAGCCUUCCCACAGAUCUGAGUGGGGAAGCCUGUACAUGCUGACUGGAGACUACAUGAAGGCUAAGGAGUGUUUCUACGACGCUGUGUCCAGCCAGCAGACACACCAGCCAAGCCUGAUGAUGUGUGGGGUUUUGGCAGUGAUGUUUGAGCAUUAUGAAGAAGCCCAGACCUUCCUGGAGCAAGCUGCCAACGUGGACCCAUCCAGUGUGGUGUCAUGGACACUGCUGGGUUUGCUUCAUCAGACCCAGGACAAACCCAGGCUGGCUCAAAAGGCGUUUCUAGAAGCUACCAAGCAGCUGAGAGCAGAAGAAGCAAAGAACACACAGGAGGAGGAGAAAAACGAGAAGGAGACAAACACACCCGCAUGUCCGUCUCCAGCCAGUCAAGGUGAUGUUGAGCAGGACUCCGAGGUGCAAAAAGAGCCUCUGGCACAAAGAGUCGGCUCGACAUCAGCUUCCAAGAACGUCUCCUCUAACAUUUACACAGAGACGAUCAAGUUCCUUCUGCAGAACAAUGCCCUGCAGAUGGCAGAUCUGGCCCUGUCUCAGCUGACCUUGUGUACAGAGGGAGGGCUCAGCGGUGCCCACCUCCGUCUCCAGGCUCAGCUGCAGCUGCUCAGGGGUGAUUACAGCCAAGCUGCUGCCAGCCUCAACCAUGCACUGUCUGCCAGAGAUCAGGACAGUCAGGAUGCAGAUUUAUGGGCUCUACAUGGUCACUGUCACUACCUGAAUGGGGCCAUCGCUUCUGCCCAGGAGAGCUACGAGCGGAGUCUGAACCUCCCACAGCAGCUGCCAGAUUCUCAUCUCGUCCUUCUCCGCCUGGGAUCCAUUUACCUACAACAAGAGAAGUUCGAGCAAGCUAAAAAUGUCUACCUGCAAGCUUGUGAGCGGUCUGCAUCCUGCCUGACCUGGCUGGGCCUGGGCAUCGCCUGCUUCCGGCUGGAUGAGCUGUGUGUAGCUGAGGAAGCUUUCACUGAGGCCAACCACCUGAAUAACCAGAAUGCAGAGGUGUGGGCUUACCUGUCUCUGAUCUGCUUAUGGUCUGGACGACAAGACGAAGGAGAGCUCUGUUAUAAACAUGCAGUGAGGUUCAAUCUGCAGCAGGAGUCUCUCCUCAAAGAGUUGAAUGAGCUGAAGGAUGAGCUACGCUUCCGUCACCUGCAGACGUGUUUUAGAACGAGCUGUGAAGCUGGACUUUAAAUGAAUUUUAAAGCAUUUGAAGUCAAUAAAGGGUAAUGAAACACACACACACAUGUUUCUAUAUUUUAUUUUAUCUUUACGAGUAUAUUUGUUAACAUAGCUGCUCCACAUACACCGCAGGUCAGGUCACAGUAAAAUAAAAUGAUUGAAUGUUGUUAAAUUAUACUUUAAAAACCACCUCAAGUUAAACUUGCACAGAGUUAUACAAACCAACUGCAUUAUGGUCACUUUCCUUCUCAUUUUCAUCAUUGUAUCAAUGUCUGUGACAUUCAAGUCUGAUUUUGGCACAGUCCUCCCUUCAUCAGAGAGAGUUAUGACUUUCAUAAAACGCUGGUCAGGAACGUUUCCCUUUGCAGGAUGCAUCACUGGGCAUCUGAGCAUCAGGCCCCACCGUCGGGGUUGAUCCGUUUCUAGCUUGUGCCCCAGAAGCAGCAGCGUUGUCCUCCCUCUGCCACGGUCCCUUCUUCACACUGUAUGGAUUUAAAAUGCUAAUCUGCCCAGAGAGCAUGUGGUCACAGAUCACUGCCUGACCUGAGCAAACACUUCUCGCAGCCACGGUGAGUCCUCGUAAAGUCGGGGGUCCCCCAGAUGCUCAGAAGUCCUCUUGUAGAAAUAGUAAUACAUCACAGAAACUGUGAGCAGAAACAUGAGGAGGAAUAAAAGAAACAGGGAAAUGAGUUUAAUAUAAAAUAACCUGGACCUUCCUGAGGCUCAUCUAAAGGAAACGGCAGCUAGACUCGCGUCCACUCAUCCAUUUGUCAGCUUACGUAUGAAAACUCUGUGCUCAUCUCAGACUCCUUAAGUUCUAAACAUGAAAAUAUGAGAAUCUAAAAUAGGAUUUAUCUUUGUCCUCAGAAGUAACAUUAACACAUCCAUGUUUUUAUAAGUGAUCACCUUUUUAUAUCCUGUUUGGUUUGAAGUAGUCUGAGUGAACUCUUAAUGUGGAGCUCUGCCUUCGUACGUAAGCGUCUGCUUCAGGCAGGAUGACAAACGUUUAACUCACCGGUUCUUUGGAAGACGAACAGCGCCUGCAGACUGUCUGUCCAGAUAAACCUCUUGGUAUUUAGCCAGCGCAGAUUCUGGAGGAUUAUGAAGAAGCAGUGUUACUGUAUGAAGGGAAGCCGGUGAUCUGUGUCCUUUCACCAACGUACCAUGAGCCAGGAGUGGAGCAUGAUGCUGGAGGUCAGGUAGAGAGCUGACAGCAUUAGUGGAGUUCUAAACCUCUGCAGCAGAAUGGCCACCAGGCCGACUUGGAACACAAAGGUGUUAAACAGCAUCAGCAGAAUGAUGAUGAGGUUGAACAAGGUUGUGAUGUCCUGGAUUCUGUCACACAAGCGGAGGGAAGGGAGACGUGUAAGCGCGGCAGAAACAAAACGCACCAGGCCUGAUUUUACUCCAGCGGCUGCUCCUACAUGAAGAGGACCAGCUGCACCGCAGGCUCGUCCCUCAGCAGCUCGCUGAAGGAGUUGACCCACAGGUCGAAGGAGAGCAGGCUGAGCUGGAUGCCCAGCACCAGCGAGUAGUUGCUGCUCUGGAGCGUCUCCGGCCCGAAGGCUCGGCGCCCCGGAGGGUGGUGGUACGAUGGAUCCAAGGCUGCACCGCACCCACACACACACUACAUAGAAGCAAGCCUCCACACACACACAACUCAGCUUCAAACGGCACGUGACAAACAGCACUGAGGUGACAUCAGGGCUUCUGCCUCCGUGUUGUUAAAAUGACUAGUUCAUGGUCAGAGCUGCAGGAAGUCGGUGACGCCAACGUGUCCCCAACAGAGGAUC